GCAGAUUCAGUAUAUGCUUGGAACACAAAAACAUGAAUAUACCUAAGCAAAUAAAUUGAGUUGAUAAAGGAUAAACAAAAUGAGGAGAGGUAAACUAAAACAGUUUGUGCCUGUUCAGAUUGCAGAUUCAAUGUGGGCCAACCAUGGGGAUGAUAUAAGCAUCCCGUAUUCUGGUACUCCGGCUUUAAAGGGAGAUUUUGUCAGAUGUGGUCAUAGAACAGCCCUGGGGGUUCUCGCUGACGGAUGCAAUGCCCUAACACGAUACUACUUAAACAACUUUGUUGAUGGUACUAAACAGGAUGCAGUUGAUUUAUUGCAAGGACACUACAUUCCAGCUAUCUCUCGAGAUAUGAAACCAUCAUCCCAAAAAGGAAGCAUUGAGACUAAAAUUGUGCAAUGCCCAUAAUUGGAACACUCAUCAAUCCUACUGCACCAGCGACAUAAUAACAAUAGAUAUAUAGCUCAUCGAAGUUGAUGUAUCAGGAUUUCCAC